UUUUAGACUAUUUAACUGUUGAUGAUAACGGCAUAAGUGCCUCUAACUAUUUGCCAUUUGCGUAAAACGAAGUGUACAAUAUUGUCGAUCACGAGGCACUGAAAACCGCUACGACGCGAUAAAUACAAUGUGUAACAAAUCAGUGUACUGAACAAGUAAAGGUCAUGCAUGGGAUUAAUAACGCUAAUUGUAAGAGUGCACGCGAGGCCAGCUCAUAGGAGCAUACCUUGCAGUUUAAGAGUAGCAGCGGGCCUGGCCAAGCCUGCUGACCGAGCAUAACAUGUUGAAAGGGCAUUAGGAAAUAACACGCGUGUGCUACUAAACACAAUUUCUGAAUAGGACAGUUGGACAGAAUAUAUCUAUUAUAUAUGAUCUCGACUAAUUAAUUGUCGCUUUCUAAGGAACAGUUGGAAAGAAGUGACCGUUGGUAAAACCAGACCUAUGUGUAUAUACUAUGUAUAUAUACUAUACAGAUAUAGUAUUAGUUAAAAAAAAAGAAUAUCAGAGAUAAGAACAGUUAAACACCGAUGCUCAUUUAUAGCGAUUAGUACGGUAAACCGAUCAGUCGUUCUGGCACGAUUCUCAACGUCGGCUAUCAUGUCGAGUGAUCCGGACAUAGCGAAAUGCUUCGAGUUCGCAAAAGAACUCACGUUGCAAGCUGGUAAGAUACUCGAAUGUUUCAAGGAUGAAAAAGUUGUAUAUCACAAAGGAGAAUGGGAUUUUGUAACCGACUGUGAUCACAAAAUUGAGAAAAUACUCAUCGAUGGCCUAUCCAGAGAGUUUCCUGAUCACAAGAUUAUCGCGGAAGAAACGGUAAAUGCGAUAGGAAAAAUGCCAGAAUUGACUGAUGCACCAACGUGGUUACUCGAUCCGAUUGACGGAACUGUCAAUUUUAUGCACUCGUUCCCUCAUUUCUGCAUAUCCGUAGCCUUGACGGUCUGCAAAGAGCUCGUCCUAGGUAUCAUCUACAAUCCAUCGAGCACGGAGUUGUACACCGCGAUAAAGGGCAAAGGCGCCUUCCUGAACGGAAAGCCGAUUCGCACCUCUAAAGUCACCGAGCUGAAGAAAGCGUUGCUCAUGAUUGAGUCAGUUACAAAAGUACAAAAAAACAGAGACAUAUAUGCGGCCAGGUUGGACGCCUUAGAUAAAGCAACGCAAAUAGCCAGAAAUAUCGGAUCGGCCGCACUGUCCCUGGCGUAUGUAGCGCAGGGUUCAGCGGAUUGCGUUCAUUCCGAUCAUGUUAAAGUCUGGGAUGUGGCAGCAGGAACGCUGAUCUUACGCGAGGCGGGUGGAACUGUUCUAGACACAAAGGGUGGUGUUUACGAUAUUAUGAAGCCGAAUACUAUCGCAGCGUCAAACGAAACUCUAGCACGAGAGAUGUCUAAAUUAAUCAUCGAUACUGACUUAAAAACGCAAAGGAAAAGGCUCAAGAGAACCUGACGUAAGGCAAAAAAUGACUCACGCUAAUUAAUUCAAGAGCCGAGUGUAAAGCAGCAGGAGGCGUGUUCCGGCAGCGAACUUGUUAUUAUUACGUGUAACAUGAGGAAAUUAUCUAUAAAAAUCAGUUUAAAAAAAAAGUUUCCAUUAACAAGUCCCAUUGACGCACAUACAGUCGUCAAUGAAACUUUUUGUCGUUAACGAAAUCUAAUUGCGUUAACCAAAGUGCCAUCGCAAUGUUGUGAAAUGAGAAUUAGCAUAAUCAGGUUUCCUCUCGGUCAAUUUUCUCCGUAGUUGUUGCAAAUAAAGCAAAAUUAUUAAAGCGCAA